GCAAGUUUGUACUUUGCACUGUUGUCGUCAUCUCCUCUCUUCACUUUCCUUUGCGAAUUUCGCUCGAUGAAAGAUCGUAAAUGCGAGAUAUGUGAAUCGCCUACAGCCAGAUCCAUUCACUUUGGAGCACGUGCAUGCAAGGCAUGUGCGGCAUUUUUUCGCAGGACGGUAGCUUUGAAUGUUGUUUACGAAUGCAAAGAACCUGUACCAUGCGUAAUUCAUUACGAAAAACGCAUGUCAUGUAAGAAAUGUCGCUAUGACAAAUGCAUUGCUGCGAAAAUGUGCCGAGAAUUAGUACGAUCCACUCGAGGAUCUGAUCGUAUUGUGCAUGGAGCUAAGAACUGCUGCGAAGCAAGCGUGCAGAGUGCGUCUUCUGACUACAAUGACGUUAACGAGCAGAAGUAUUCUACUCCUUCACCCGUCAAUCGCACUACAGAUUUACCGAGAACUAUCAUAGAAAGCACCAAGGAGAACCGCAGAGCAGUGAUCGAACACUAUAAGCGAAUUGAGGUGGAACUGAACAAUCGUCGAAGAAUUAUGUACACCGAUACGAGGAUGAUAAAUGUCUUCACAACGGUCUGCGAGUGCCCGUUCGAAAAGAAACAUUUGAAGCCUCUCAACUACAAGGAGUAUGCCGGAAACUCGAGAGCUGACUUCAUAAUGCUCUAUGACUACACUAUCGCAUUCAUGCAGUUUGACGAGCUGCAGCCAUUCGAAAAGCAAGCACUCUACAGAUACGUUUGCGGAGUUGAUGCUUUGCUGAAUUCUGCUUACUUUACCUGCUGCCUUUCGUACGACGAGAAAAUGAUGGUUCUGAAUUCUUGUGAAUAUCUUUGCGUGGAGCCGAUGCCCAUGACGGGCGAAGAGCCAUGGGCACAACAUUUGUUUGCCAAUAGCGAAGACCUCGAUAAGUACAAAUCUAUAGUUCCACGUAAAGCAGCGCUCUGGAAGAGUUUGGUCAUUCCUUUCCAUGAUCUCCAUCUACAGUUUGAUGAGUUUUGUCUUUUAAAGGCGCUCAUCUGCUGGCACAUCAGUCACUACAAACUCGGGGAAAAUGGACGGAAAGUAUGUAGUAGGCAGCGAGAUCUGCUGAUCAGAUGCCUUAACGAUCUCGCUUCGGAACGAUCAAGUAAUCCAGAAGAGUGGCUCGGGAAUGUUAUCCUCUUCAUGUCCUGCGUAUUUCAGCAGCUGUUUGAACUGGUCAACUCACUUGUUAUGAUCACAUUUUUCGAUCUGUAUGAUUACGAUGCUGUUGUAAAGGAAUUUACGGAAGAAUAUUACUGAUUUAUUCGAAAUAUGGUACCGUCCAGAUCAUACAGGGUGUCCCAAAAAAAUGUUUAGAACGUUUGAUCGUUAAUAUCUCUCUUCCCAAGAAGUCUUUUGCCUUGCUUCAGGUACCG